AUGACAGGUGAUCACAUCGAUCUCAUUGGCAAUUUAUCACCAUUAGAAUAUGAAAAAAACGGAAGUACGAAUUGCAUUCUCGGAAAACCUCAGGAAUCGAGUCAAUCGCCGUGGUCAAUUGCAAAGACUCUAUUGUUUCCUGUUAUUCUCAAGCCUGGACCAAUGGAGAGUCAAGUGGUGGAACUCACGGAGGCGGAACAGGCCCAGCACCAACUACAGAUGGAGCAGCAGCUCAAGUCAUUUUGGGCCAAACAGCUGCUGGAGAUGGAGCAGCUUGAAGUCGGCAGUGAACAAGACUUUAAGAAUCAUAAUGACCUGCCACUGGCACGCAUCAAGCGUAUCAUGAAGUCAGACGAGGAUGUUCGUAUGAUUAGUGCAGAGGCACCAGUUCUGUUUGCUAAGGCCUGUGAAAUGUUUAUUCUGGAACUCACAUUGCGCUCGUGGGGUUACUCGGAGAAAAACAAACGGCGAACGCUGCAAAAGGAAGACAUCCAGACGGCUAUUCGGAACACAGACAUCUUUGAUUUUCUUGUGGAUGUAAUCAACUAA